ACACAUUUAUUUCUAUACUAAUAUAAAUAUCUAAUAAAAUUUCAAUAUAUGAAAAUUCAGUCAAUCUCAUAAUAACAUACACAGUUAUGUAAAAAAUAUAAAGUUAUAAAGUGAAAAAUGACAUUUCUAAGUCAUCAGAAUGAAAUGCAGGUAAAUAUUUAACAGUAAAAGAGUAAGCUAUCGUACAAAGCAAACUUAGAAAUAUGAUUUGAGUCUAUUCUUUUACUUUAUUAAUAAAAUACAGUUUAAUAUAAUGUAUGUGUAUUAAUAUAAUGUGCAUUUUUUAAAAUCAUUAACAGACUAGUUUUUAUGCACAACUAGCGCAUAAUUCGUUGAAGCUAGGUUCUAUAUCUAGCACUAAUAUCCUUUUCCGUCGCAUUAAAUCGAUACACGACUCUUCUACCCAAAUUGUAAACGAACUUGGUACUACAGAUAUAGUAAUUGGGGUAUAUAUGUAAUAAUAUAAUCCCUUGUAAUAAUAUAAUCUUAUUCCUUCUCUCUUUAUGUAUAAUUACAUUACUUUGUGAUAAUUUAAUUAAAUUAUCUUUAUACAGGAUGCAACUGCAGAAAUUAUGAUAACAACACUUGGAAAAAUACCAAAUGAAAUGUAUUAUUUGGAGGACACAACUUCCAGCAGCAAAACUGCUAUUUCCGACAGCGAGUUACACAUGACACUUGAUAACAAUCUCACCACAUUGGCUCCAAUCGAAACUGUUAAAUAUGACGAAUAUACAGAACGCUCGACACUGCUAAUUAUUUUGCUGACUGCGCUCUUAAUCAUACUAUUUAUGUGCUGCAUCACAGCGUGCAUAAUCGCAAGAUCCAGGAGUAGGCACGCUUUCUUCGCAAAAAGCGACAUGGAAUGCGAUCCGGGAUGUAGUGGCGUGAAUCAGCCCUUGCUAGGUUCAGACAGGAUAAACAAGACCUCCGAUACCACUAGAACCAGCGAUAAUUCCACGAAGAAUUGA